AGAGUACAUACGAAAUCCAAAUGUUCCACGAUGGAACCCAAACGACACGUCAGUGUUUACUCGGUAGUGACUUCCUCACCCCGAAAAGCAUCCGAACCGUGGUCGUCCACAUACAAAUACCUGUUUCUUUCUACAGGUCAGCAACAAAGUGAACUCCACCGGAUUACUUCCAACUUCCAUACAUGGAUUUCAGUGGCAAACACAGUUAUUGUUUCUCAUCCAUCGAUAGAGAAAACAAGCAGGCUGGUGUCUCUCUCCCUUCUCUCUCUCUCUUCUUCUUCUUCUGACCUCUUCAACAACGUCAUUACGUCCUUUAUCUUCUAUUGACGUAAGCAUGCCCCACACACACAUACACACACUCUCUAUCUUAAAGGGACUUUCACUGAGUCCGUAACACUGCAUUUUCCACAUUACAACUAUGAUUACACUUGGAGAAUAUAUAUUGUGUGUGAAACAUUUUGUGAUGUUCUGAAAGGGGCACGAAAACUGCAAUAUAAUUGCAAGCUCUUCUUUUAGUCACUAAACCUUUUAAACUUUCUUUAAAGGGCAUAUUUUGGAAAUAUUCUGGUUUUGUUUUGUGGAUUAACAUCUGUGAAGGAUUGACUGUAAGAUUCAUCAAUGUUUUAAAAUUAUGUACCUGACACACCAAGCAUGUCAGUGAAAUAAGUAUAGCAAAAAGUUAAAGCUUCUUUUGUCCGCCUAUCAUUGCUCUGCUUUUCCCUCCUAUACAUUGGGCUUCCCCUUUUCCUAUCUUCAGUCCUGAAGAAGGGUCCUGACCAGAAACGUUGACCGCCUGCUUUUCUACACGUAUGCUGGCUGCCUGCUGAGUUCCUCCAGCAUCAUUGUGUUUUUCAUUCAAGUUAAAGCUUACUUUGGUGCUUGAAGCAGUACAGAAGCUGUGCACCAGAGGGUGCUAAAUCCAUUUCCCCACCAAACAGCCCAGUGAUCCUGUGUAAAAUUGUUCAGUGUUCCCAGGCUCCAUUUUGAGUUUGCCAUGACCAUGUCUCCCAGCUUUCGAUCCAGGCUGUCCUCUCUCAAUUGAUAUGAAGACUCCAAUUCAGAAGCCACAUUAGGGUAACAUUUUCUCUAAACCACUGCAGUCCUUCUGCUGAAGAUCUCCUACAAUACUCUUGGAAAGAGAUUUCCAGGAUUUAGACCCAGCAAUGAUAAGGAACCAGUGAUAAUAUUUCCAAUUUAGAAUUGUGUACAGUGUGAAGGGGAACUGGCAGAUAGUGGUGUUCCCCUGCACCUGCUGCCUUAUUCAUUAAGUAACUACAAUGAAUUUGUAUAUUGGACAGACUGCAGCCAUGAUGUUCCAGUGGUGGAGGGAAUGAACGUUCAGGGUGGUGAAUAAAGUACCACUCAAGUCGGCUGCUGUGCCCUCAUUAGUAAUGAACUUCUUGAAUGUUGUUGGUGUUGCACUCGUACAGGCAAAGUGGAGAGUAUUGCAACACACUCCUGACCUGCGUCUUGCAGAUGAUGAAAAGACUUUUAGGAGGUGUGUCGCUCACUGCAAAAUACCCAGCUCUUGUAGCCACACUACUUACAUGGUUUGUCCAGUUGAGUUCCAUGUUCAUGGUGACCCCCAAGAUAUUGAUAGUGGGGGACUCAGUGAUGACAAUGGCAUCAAGGUUAGAUAGCAAGAUUCUCUCUUGUAGGGAACAGUCAUUGCCUGGCACUUCAUGGCAUGAAUUUUAAUUGUCACUUAUCAAUCCAUGCCUGAACAUCUUGCUGCAUGAGUCUAGGAUGCUGCUGUGAGGUAAUCCUGCUGUGCUGUUCUGGAACUGUGGUGACUAAUCUCCAACAGUUACAACCAUUUUGCUUUCUACUCCUACCAAUGGAUUGUUUUCCUCUUGAUGUUCUCUGACUUCAGUUAUAAUCAGGGCUCCUUGAUGCCGCACUCAGUCAAAUGCUGCUUUGAUGUCAAGGGAGUCAUUCUCACCCUAUUCCUGGAGUUCAACUCUUUGGCCCAUGUCUGGGAUAAGGUUGUGAUGAGGUCUGAAGCUGAAUGGUCCUGGUGGAUCUCCAACUGGCUAUUGGUGAGCAGGUUAUUGGUGAGUUAAUGCCACUUCAUGUCAGUUUCCAUGACAUUUUCCAUCAUUUCUGUUGAUGCUUGAUAGUAAACUGACUUGGCAGUGCAAUAGCCACUCCACAUGAAAAGCUUUACACACAGACAUCCCCCAGUCUUCACAAUGACGCUUAGGACCAGUUAUCAAAGUCACUGAAAUCCAGCUCUUCAACAAUGACAAUGGCCUGAGUGAGACUUGGAAAUGAUCAGGAGAUGAACAGCUCAAACAAAAAGGUGGCACCUUCUUUUGGAGAGGCAAAUCACAAAAGGUCCAGAUGAAGGGUCUCGACCCAAAACGUCAACUGUCCAUUUCCCUCCAUACAUGCUGCCUGACCUGCUGAGUUCCUCGUGCAUUUUGUGUGUUGCCCACAAAAGGAUUGCUGUUUUAUGGGGUUCGAUUCACCGUCAAAAAUGAUGUAGUCUGGUGUCUCAACAACUCCCUGUGGAAUAAGCCAACCUCCCAUAACCCUUCACAUCGCUUUAACAGUACUCUGCAAUUGUCCUGACAAAAUACUUGGAACAUGAUCUUGUCAUAACCAACACCAGAAUGUCAGAGAGACAAGCAGAAGGCCUCCAGAAAACCUCCUUGAUACAGGAAUUGGCACUUGCUAAAUUGUAUCAUUGUUGGAGCAUGGGAUCACAAGAACUUCCACAUAUAGCAAUUGAAAAUACAUUGAUCUUGAGCACUCAUUUGACUUCACUGAACUCCUUGCAGAGGUUAUGUCCAGGUCCUUAGGGCCAGACCUCCUGCACUAAUGGUAAUAUCUAUUUCCUCUCACUGCCUUUGGAGUAAUGGGCAGGGGGCCUCUUGGCUCCCUGCAGAAGCAGACUGCCUUCCCACCUGCUCCACCGCAACCUCCAGUGUAUUACAGGGAAACUAGGGACUGCUUUCUUCAACCCUUGUCAGAAUGCUAACUUGAGCCAUAAUCUGCCUUCUGUUUCAGUGAUGCAAACUUGCUUUAAAUGGUGCAAAACAGCUUCUAGCUCUGCCAAUCAUUUAUGAAACUGGAGAUCCUGCUGAGGCCAUUAGUCACAGAGUAGCAUAGUUAGCAUUGGCUGCAACAUCAAACCCAACUGUUUAAAAAAAGGAGAGAAAAUAGGGAACUACAGACUGAUUAGAAGGGAAACUGCAGUGCUCUACUAUAAAGGAUGUGAUAACAGAAUAUAGAAAAAUUCAACUGGAUGAGAAAAAGUUAACAAGGAUUUAUGAAAGGGAAAUUGUGUUUGACAAACAUACAGUAUUUUUUUUCUUUCUCUCUGAUGCCAAAAGGAGUUUUUUUUAAUUUCCAUUUAAAGUAUUUAUCCUGGAGUAGUUUUGGCUCAGAAGUUGUGGUCAGCGGCAAGCAAGCCAUGCUCACCGUUGAUCUCUGGGGAGGCUUGCAUGAUUCACCUAUCCCAAACUUGUGGUGUGGGGCUAGCUCUAAGGGUUCUGAUGAGGUCCUGUUUGUCAGCAGAGUCAUCCACAGAGUCAUCAUUGUGUGCUUGGCUCUAGAACAAGCCCUGUCCACAUGUGUGGACAAGAGCUCUGGCAAUUGGCUAAUCCAAGCACAAUUAUGCAAGCUUCCUUAUCACUGUGAACAUUCCUGAGACUCAGAAGCAUUCCAAAUUAUUAAAUAUAAAACACUUUAAGACAUCGAAAAGCAUUUAAAUUCAUUCAAGUUAAAAAGAAGGUAUAUUGACCAAUUCCUACAGUAGUUGUACAAGGUCAUUCUCCUCCACUGAAAUCAAUGGAAAUGCUCUCAUUGCAUCAGACCAUAGCUGCCUUGAGGAUGCUCUUGUAGUUACUCCUCCACGAAAGGCAAGAAAUUUCCACCACUCCAGACCCCUCACUGUACGCAGAGGCACUGAAAUGCUGCAGUUGCUCUCCAUUAUGCUGAACAAUGUUGGCGUGCACCACCUGUUUUGCUGCACAAAAUCCUGGCUGCUGAGUUACAGUGUGGCUAGUACACAUCCAGGUCAGCAGAUAAAAGCAGUGGAACCUCUGCUUGUGCCAUUAUAUCCAGAGCAGUGGCAGGCUCAUGGCAGAGGGCGGGGGACGCCAAUAAGACUUGCAACCCCGUAGCCAGGCACGUAAGAAACUGCUCCCACGUUACCAUUAACUUCCUGCUUAACUUCAAAACAGAUCCUUCUACAUCCACCUGAGACAUUACCUGAAAUAUGCUUCCAAUUCAUGAUAAGCAAUAAUAUAUAAAACUCUCUCUCAUCCAGGCAGCCAGGCUGCUUACAAGAUAUGAUCAAAGUACAUUGUACAAUAUGCAAGUAAGUGCAUAUAAGGUAUACACACUUGAGUAUCAGGCUUGUUAAAAUAGCUCUUUAGAAGAGGGGAGAAUACCAGGAAAGAAACAAAAGAUUUAUUUAUAUAGUGCCUGUAACAUUCUUUCCAGGUGAUAAAUUUCUUAUUCAGUCGAUACUGCUGCAAAGGACAGAGAACUCCCACAGUCAGAUUCUGACGGAAAAAUAAUCUACUUUGGUGAUGUUAGUUGAGAAUAAAUAUUGGUCUGGCAAUGGGAGAGAACUCCCUGCUUGUUCAACUGAGUUCUCGACUCAACAUCCAAAAUUCCGAACCUUUUCAGGGAGAUACCCUGAGUACAGGCUCCAAGUGAUGCAUAUGCACAGCCCAUGAUAUAGGGUGCCAGUUGGAAAUUCAGUCCUGAGAUUGGGCAACUAGCAGUCUGGGGCAAAGACCCUGGAUGAUGGGGACCUUCCAGAAAUGCCCAGAGAACCUGGGUCAAUUAAAACUGCAGAUGCUGGAAUCUGAAAUAGAAACAGAAAAUGCUGGAAACCCCAGCAAGUCAAGCAGCAUGUGUGGGAAGAGAAAGCAGUUAACGUUCCAGGUCAGAGAUGUUUCCUCAGAACUGAAUUCAGAGUUCCACAAAUGUUACUUAACUGGCUGAGUUCUUCCAUCUGUUUGUUUUUGUUUCAAACCAGCCAGUAUUUCACGUGAAGGACAGCACCUCCAACCGCGUUUCCCCAGUACUGCACCGGAAUGUCAUCCAGAUUAUGGGCUCCUGUUUCUGAGUGGGAUUUGAAUCAAAAUCCUCAGACCUCGAGAGAGGUGCUCCGGAUGGACUCGCGGAUAACACUGGCGUGUAAUUCGGGGCCCACUGGUUAUAGCUCUCUAGCAGUUUAAAAAAAUGAUUUAUCGUUCCCUACGUGGAUCUGCAGAAGUUGCUUUGUGAUAUCACUGUUAUUGUGAUCUGAGUCGGAUGGGGAUAAUCCAAGGGGUUGAGUUCUUCGCACACGGUUCUUUAACAAAAUGCGUCGUUGCUUCAGUAAGGCCCCUUUUAGCCCAACCUUCACGCUGCACGGCUUCCUCUUCUGGGUUGGACACGACUCGGACUCGGCGCCUCCUCUUCCACUGACAGCUGGCUCUCCUUACACGGUGCUUGAGAAGUCCUGUCCGGGGCUGCUUUCCAAGUUAACUCCUUCCCCUUCGGGGGAACCCUGGCAAACUCUUGAAUAAUUUGGGGGAACAUGGCAACUAUCAUAGGGUGCGGCCGUGUGCUGCAGAUCCCCUUCAAGCGGUGCCUGCUCCCCGGCGUAUAUGUCAAAGAGAGUAGGGCGGCCAAAGCGAGAGCUUCUGCCCGCGGCUUGGGCUCCAGGCAGAUCCGAUCCUUCUACGUUGCGACUUCAGUCCUCAAUAUCAGCUCCUUUAUGCCGGAGGCCAGCUCCUUCCCCGGUGUGAGAUCGUACACCGACCUGCUGGACUUCUCCGCCAGGGAUGCCGAGACGUUCUGGGGUACCCUGGCCAAAGAGAGACUCGUCUGGAACCAGCUUUUCGACCGUGUUCACGACUGUGACUUCAGCAGAGGUUGGAUCGCCUGGUUUCUGGGAGGACAACUCAAUGUGUCAGUGAACUGUUUAGAUCGUCAUGCCAACCAGUCCCCCAACAAGGUGGCUUUGAUCUGGGAGAGGGAUGAACCAGGCACCGAAGUAAGGAUUACAUACAGGGAACUUUUAGAGACCACAUGCCGUCUGGCCAAUAUCUUGAAGCGGUACGGUGUGCAGAAAGGGGACAGAGUUGCUAUCUACCUCCCGGUAUCUCCCCUGGGCGUAGCUGCAAUGUUGGCAUGUGCUAGGAUUGGUGCCGUGCACAUGGUGGUCUUUGCAGGGUUCAGUAGUCAAGCACUGGCUGAAAGGAUCUGUGAUGCCCAAUGCAAGGUUGUUAUCACCUACAACCAAGGAGUCCGUGGUGGUCGUGUUAUCGAACUGAAGAGGACAGUGGAUGAGGCAGUGAAAACAUGUCCCACAGUGAAACAUGUUUUUGUAGGGCAAAGGACGGACAAGAAGGUUCCCAUGGGUGACAUUGACAUACCACUUGAGGAAGAAAUGGAGAAGGAGCAGCCAGUGUGUGACCCUGAAUCCAUGGAGAGUGAGGACCUGCUCUUCCUGCUGUAUACUUCUGGAAGUACAGGAAAACCCAAAGGACUGGUACAUACACAGGCUGGUUAUCUGCUGUAUGCAUCGCUGACCCACAAGUAUGUCUUCAAUUAUCAGGAAGGUGAUAUUCAUGGUUGUGUGGCAGAUAUUGGCUGGAUUACAGGGCACAGUUAUGUGGUCUAUGGCCCUCUCUCCAAUGGUGGCACCACUGUGUUAUUUGAGAGCACUCCUAUUUAUCCAGAUCCAGGUAGAUACUGGGAGACAGUGCAGCGGUUGAGAAUCAAUCAGUUUUAUGGUGCUCCAACGGCUAUUCGCCUGCUACUGAAGCAUGGAGACAGUUGGGUGUCCAAGUAUGAUCGAUCAUCCUUGAAGACACUAGGCACAGUUGGGGAACCUAUUAACCAUGAUGCCUGGCAGUGGUAUCAUAAUGUUGUAGGGGAAGGUCGAUGUACCCUCGUAGAUACCUGGUGGCAGACAGAAACUGGUGGGAUAUGCAUAUCUCCACGACCUUCAGAGGAGGGAGCAAAGAUUGUGCCUACAAUGGCCAUGAGACCAUUCUUUGGCAUUGAACUUGCCUUAAUGAAUGAAGAGGGUGAUCGUGUGGAGGGCAAUGAUGUUACUGGUGCUCUGUGUAUCACAAAACCUUGGCCUGGCAUUGCCAGAACAAUCUAUGGGGAUCAUCAGAGAUUCCUGAGUGCAUAUUUCAAGAAAUAUCCAGGCUACUACUUCAGUGGUGAUGGUGCAUACCGAUCAGAGGAAGGCUAUUACCAAAUCACUGGCCGGAUGGAUGAUGUUAUCAACAUCAGCGGACAUAGGCUGGGCACAGCUGAAAUAGAGAAUGCUCUGGAUGAACACCCUCAAGUGCCAGAGACUGCAGUGAUUGGCUUUCCUCAUGAAUUGAAAGGAGAAGUUGCAUUUGCCUUUAUUGUUUUGAAAGAUUCUGAGAACAUUUCUGAAUCAGCCAUCAUUAAAGAUCUCAAAUCAAUCGUGGCAUCUAGGAUAGCCAAAUAUGCUGUUCCUGAUCAUAUUAUGAUUGUGAAGCGACUUCCCAAAACCCGAUCUGGGAAAAUCAUGAGGCGGGUGCUGAAGAAAAUAGUCAGUGAUGAAACCACUAAUCUGGGGGACCUCAGCACACUGGACGACCAAAGCGUCAUCGCAGAGAUCAUUGCAACCUACAAAAAAUACAAAGAAGACUCUGAAAGUAGCCAAUAAAUUAUAUCAGGGAUCCUUAGGAAUCAUUCUACUUUGACUCAUAUGGCACCAAAAGGCUGCAUGGGGUUCAGAGUCAUUAUUCAGUGUUGUGCCAAAAUGCUAAUAAAAAUUCCAAUAUCUAUGAUUCCAAUAAUUACAAAUUAUCCCAAAAUACAGAAAGAACUCAUUCCCAACCUAUAUUUUCUCCCUUGACCCUUCAUCAGAGAGUCAUGAUUGUGAUUCCAUCGGUGCAAACUUAUAUCCGGCCAAACACCACAUUUUGAGUGUCUGAAUUGUUGCUGCAGUUGGACUGGGUGAUUAGACAACUGUUUUCCUUGCUCUCAAUUGGUUGGUUGUAUUUGCAAAUACGAUUGGGAAUUACUGAAUAUUGAUUGGGAAGCCUGAGUGAUUUUUUUUUCCUUUCUUAAUUUCUUUCAAAACAGAAGACCUCAGGUUUCCUUGUGAGGCGCAUGCCGUCCCCCUGCUAACUGGCAAAAGAUAAGGGAUCACAUUUCAGAUCUUCCUGUCCCUAACCACUACCAUGGCAGAGAGUGCAUUCAAUAGUUAUGUCAUUAAAAAGCACUUGAAUUCUGUUUAUUUCAAAGAAAUAUUGAAAACAAAUUUUUAAAUGCAGUGUUUAAAGAACAUCCAAGUCUUCAGAUAUUUGUAAAGAAAUGGUGUGAAUUUUCUGACCUUGCUCUAUCAGGCCCAUAGUUUUUUUUGUAAUUAUGGGCCGGAAAGUGCAGAAAUGAAUAAAUUACAGCAAAUUUACUAAAAGUUUAUCAUUUCAAAGCUUUAUGGUUAUAUAGAUAUCAUGAAUAUAUGGGGGAAUGUGUUAUCUUUAAGGUUGCCAACUAUCCUGUCUGACCCAAUGUUUGUCCACCACUCACUGCUUAGGUUGUCAACUAUCCUUAAUCUCAGAUUAUCCUUGAUUAUCUCAGAAUUCAAGAUUAUUCUCCCAGACAUUCCUCAAAGCAUCCAGAGAGAUAUUGGAGCAUUCUCUUCUCCCUCCCUCUUCAGCUGGACUUGUAAAUAGCAAGGACAUAGCAAAUCUGGAAUUCACUGGAAUGCUGAUGUCCAUGGGUUUCAACCAUAUAAAACCAUGCAAAGGUUAGAGCAGUUUCCAAAGCACAGAAGAUAUCAUAGCCAGUAGACAUCCGAAGACAUGUUGGGGAGCAGCUGAAUGGAUAUGGAAAGGGAGCAGUUUCUGCAGGGAUUCAUCAAUUUGUCUUGCCAUAUAUGACGAAUGUGCACUCCCUCUUUGAAACUUGGAAAACCUUUUCUGGUUUCACAGACAGAGAAAAUGCAGAGGAGCAAUAAUUUCAGGAGCAAGUGAUUAAGGCGAGAUGCUUUAUUGCAAUUUAUAUCUAUACAGUCUUUGCUUGCCAAACACUUACUUAAGAAGAUAGUGGAGCAGACUGACCCAAUAUUUGUCCACCACUCACCGCUUAGUUGCAGCUAAAUGUGCCACUCAGUGAUCAUCAAUGACUCUACUGAAUUCCCCCAAACUCCUCUGAGAUCAUCAGUAUAUGAGGCGGUCACAUGAAUGGCCCUCGUGCAUGCUAAUGAUGUCAGCAGUACAGCCACAUAUGCCAUUAGUCUAUGUCAGUCUCCUUGUAGGAUGAUUGCUCACAUGACAAAAGUGAUUUAUUAGUGAUGAAGUCUGAGGAAAUAAAAGGCACUAUGUUAAAUGCAAGUUCAGUUUAAUGAAUUGGAAUUCAUUAAGGGCAGCGAUAGAGAUGCAAAUUCUUAUAAACACUGUCUUUUGUUUGGUCUUGCCUCCUUCUUCAUAAACAUUGGUUUAUUUCACCAGACCACUUAACCAAGUGAUACGGAUCCAGAAAGUGUGGACUCAGAUCUUGUUAAGAUAGUUUGAGAAUCAAGUAAAAAGAGCUGAUUCCAUUAAACUUAACUGUUUCACUGAUGUCCAUAUUUUUGGAGAUGGAAACUUUGCUAAUCUGGUUUCUGUAUGGUUGCUACCCUAAGUGGAGGCAUUCUUAUGUUUCUUGCCUGAAGCACAAUUUCAAAUCAUGGGUGCAUGAUACAGGCAUUGCCCUAAAGGAAGGGACAGAAUUUGAGGACCAUCCUUAACAAUUCUCCUUGAAAUUAGAUGGUCAUUGACCUAGAGACAAUUCUUGAGUGUAUUUUUAAUCAUUAACCUAGAAGAUACUAGUCAAGGAGAAAAAAAACUUGCUCCUCCCCAAUCCAGGGUAGGUGAUUCGUUACAAAAAACUGCUCUGACUGGUUUCUAAUCUUAUUGAUUUACUUGCAAAUUGCAGUGGCUUGAGUCUGUCUUAUUUAGACAGCAUUAUUGUAUAUUACCAACUAUCAGUCUUCAAAUAAUGAACUAUAAAGUGUAACUAUAUAAUCUGUAAUAACUGCAAUGAUUGUACAUUCAGAGGCAUAUUUCAGGAAGUUUAACAAUGAUGUUCUACAUUUAGAAUGGAAAUUACUUUUUUCUUUCAACUAUUAUGAUCUAUUCUAUAGCCAUGUUUAUCUUCAGAAAUAAAGUGGAAUUCCACAAUAUUGCACCAUG